AUGGGGUCAUAUUCCAAGCGGCUCUAUCAGCUCAAGAAUCACCGCCAGAUAUCCUUGGUCGUGGUCCCUACCGUUUUCACUGCGCUCGCACUUGUUUUCACUGGUCUACGUAUCUACGCCAGGCGCCUGAAACGCGCGAAGGUACUUGCAGAUGACUACCUUUGCAUCGCAGCAUGUAUUCUCGCACUAGUGUCACUUGGAAAUAACACCUCCAUGGUGCUAGCUGCAGGCGGAGGCAACUCUGUCAAGGAUCUGAAGGACCCAAAUGAUCUUAUUCUCUGGUCGACGCUUAUCGUCUUUUCAUUCAUUAUCUGGAUAUCUUCAAUGCUGGUCUUACAGUUCGCCAUUCUGUUCCUAUAUCAGCGUCUAUUCUGGGUCGUAGACUGGUUCCGGCGGUCUUGCUACGUCCUGAUGGCUCUAGUCGUUGCCUGGUCCAUCGCUACCCUCGUCGGCGAACUCACCAUCUGCGCGCCCACGCGCAAACUGUGGAACCCAAAGUCUCCAGGUAAAUGCGGUGAUACGCACAAACUGUGUCUUUCUACCGGUAUGCUCCACGCAAGUUUCGACCUCGCCAUCCUGAGCAUCCCGAUGCCCUUAGUCUGGAAGCUGAAGAUUAGCGUUGGGAACAAAGUCUUUCUUACCUUUCUGCUGCUUUGCGGCAUAUUCACUACGAUCUCCGCUGUACUCCGCGUCUCAUGCCUCUUCAACCUCAGUGGCUUCGACACCGCUGACAUGCCAAAACACAUGUGGCUUCCACUUAUCUACCACUGCAUGGAGAUUCCCGUCGCUAUCAUCUGUUGCUGCAUACCCACCCUGGCUCCGGUCAUCGAAAAAGUCAAGCUCUCCCCGUUCGGCGUAUAUUUUCGGAAUCUUUUCAGUCGUGGGCUUUCCAAGGAGUCAAAUGCUGCGGAAAACAGAAACCGAGAUCUCGCUAGGUUUGGGAGGGAUCAUAAGAGUGAGACAGCUCUGAAUGGGUGCGGACACGUUGACGAGGUCACCCUCGAAAUCUACGACAUUGGUGUCAAGCAGACCAAGUGA